AUGGAGUUGAAGACAGAAUGGAGUGAUCCAGCCAAGGAUGCCCACAUCUUUGCACAAGGGCUGUCCGUUCAUCUUAUGGAGACAGACUCUUCCCAUGAACCCCUGAGCCAGGAAACAGGAAGAAACGACACAACAGCAGAAGAGGAACCUGAGGAAGCUGUUGACAUGGAACUUUUUGUGGACACUCUGCGCAACAUGGAGCCUGCUGAAUUCCACAAGCCUUUGAAGAUUCAUGCGAGGCCACCACGGCCUUCCAUACUUGCCAAGCAGGCUGCCUUGCCGCCGAUCCAUGAACACCGUGUCACUCCCAAGUCCAAAGUUCCUCUCCCAACUGCCCUUGGUGAGCUGUUUGCUCUCACUGAAGAGAGGAGCUCAGAGAAGGAAUCCAAGAAGGAAGACGAUGGAUUUGCAGAAGAGAUAGAAGAGGUAGAGAAUCCAUACCUUAUCGAAGAUGAGAAGUCACAGGCUAACAAACAAGCCAAGAAACCCUACCCAUGGGAAAACAAGCCAUACAAGACUGAGGAGGAGAUAGGCACGUUCUUGGGAAAGCUGCAGCAAGCCUCUGUGGAGUACAAAGUCAUAGCUCCUAAAGCAGUAGGGAAUCAGACCAAUCUUAUCAGGGCCAACAUUCUCAAAGGGGCCUCACUUCUGUGUGGUUUUGUGGACAAGAAGGCUAUGGAAGAUAAGCCUUAUUCCCGCCUGGACAACAGCCUCCUUUACAGCAAGUUCAUCAGCUCUGAGAAGUCCCAAAUCACAGCCCCAGAGAAAGGGAAGGAUGGGAGCAGCUCACCUCUGCUACCUGUUGUUCUAAAGGUCAACCGGGAAUGCCAGACAUCCCCAAAUGGGUCACAAGUUGGCACAAAUGAACGCCUGAGGUCUGAGUCAUCGCCGGCUGGGCUCCAAGUUCACUCUUCCUCCAGGACUCCGGCUGCAAAGAUUAGUUCUAGCCAGAUUCCUCUCCUUUCCAAGGAGGUACACCCUCUUCCCCAGUCACCGUCUUGCCUGGAAACUCAGCAAACGGAGGACAGAGUUUUGAAGAUUAACGUGCGACCUGGGAAGAUCAUCUUGUACUCCGAGGCAGCCUUUGGGGGACAGAAGAGAGAAAUCUGGGGUGAUAUCAUCGAUGCUACAGCCUGGGUCCUUUCCCACACCAUCUCCGUCCGAGUUAUCCGAGGAGGCUGGGUGAUGUAUGAGAAACCUCGGUUCCUCGGGCGCAAGUGUGUACUGGCGGAAGGCGAUGUGGAGAUCACCAACCCUUGGAAAAUGUACCAUAUAGAAGGAGAAGCAGUUGAGAAUACGCCGUUCCAUAUUGGUUCCCUCAAGAGGGUUGUACGGGACUACAGGAUUCCUGAGAUCAGUUUGUUUAUGGAAGAAAAUGGAGAAGGCUCCAAAAAGAAGUUCACUGAUUCCUCAGAGGACAUGCGGACUUAUGGCCAGGCCUUGAAGGCAGCUUCUAUCAUUGUACACUCUGGCUUGUGGCUUGUUUAUUCAAAACCAUUCUUUGAUGAUGACCCAUAUGUCUUAGAGCCGGGUGGAUAUCCCAGUUUGCAAGCCUGGGGGGCAAAGGACCCCACUGUCUGCUCCAUUCAUCCAAUUAAGCUAGGUUGUCCUGUUGUAGAGAAACCCGGGGAGCCCAAGGUUAUGAUUUAUGAGCUGCCACAUUUCCAGGGCCACUGCUGGGAAGUGAGUCGCGACAUUUAUGAUUUAAAGAAGCUGGCAAACAAUGAGGACUUCCAGAUGGCCGCUAUGGGAUCUCUGAAAAUUGAGGGAGGCUGCUGGGUCGGUUAUGAGAAGGAAGGCUUCCGUGGCCAUCAGUACUUGCUGGAGGAGGGAGAGUACUUUGACUCAUCCCAGUGGGGAGGCUACAAUAAACAGCUGGUGUCCCUUCGGCUGAUCCGGACGGAUUUCUUGGACCCUGCACUUGUCCUGUUUGAGGCCAUGGACCUCGAAGAUGGCCCCAGCGUUGAGCUCUGUGAAGCCCUGCCGAAUGUCGAGCUGGCUGGUUAUGGGACCACAACGCAGUCUCUCCAUGUACUGAGUGGCGUGUGGGUGGCCUAUGAAGACAAGAAUUACUCAGGGGAGCAGUACAUCCUAGAAAAAGGGGUGUACCGCAACUGUGAAGACUGGGGAGCUGGCAGCUGCAAGAUCUCCUCUGUACAACCCAUCCUUCAGGUUGGAGAACACAGUCUGCACUUUAUUUCUGUGAUCCAGUUGUUUUCAGGCCCAGACUUCUCAGGGGUCCAGAUGUCUUUCAAGGAAGACCAGUCUUCCCUGCCAGACCUUUUCAUUCCUCGCUCCUGCAGGGUCCAUGGAGGCAGCUGGAUUCUCUAUGACAGCCACCAUUUUGAGGGUGAGCAGCAUGUGAUCUCUGAAGGCGAGUAUCCAACGCUGACCUCCAUGGGCUGUCUCUCUGCCACAGCGAUCUGCUCCCUGAAGAAGGUCCCCCUUUUCUUCUCGGAGCCCUCCAUCUCCCUGCACGGGCUGGAAUGUUUCGAAGGGAAGGAGAUUGAGCUGAACGGCGAAGUGCGUAGCCUGCAGGCUGAGGGGUUCAACAACCACGUGCUCUCUGUGCGCGUCAAGGGAGGCAUAUGGGUGCUGUGUGAACACAGCGACUUUCGAGGCCGGCAGUGGAUGCUGGACUGCACGGAGAUCACCAACUGGCAGACAUACAGUGGGCUUCAGCACAUUGGAUCCCUUUAUCCCAUCAGGCAGAGGCGGGUCUACUUUCGAAUGAAGAACGGAGAGCUGAAGUCCUUCCUGUCUGUCCCGGACGAUGUGGAAGACAUGAAAGCAGGACGUGUGCUGGUCUCGGAGCUCAAUGACCAGAGCAGCUCCAUCUGGUACUACGAGGAAGGACUCCUGAAGAACCAGAUCGCUCCUGGCAUGAGCUUGCAAGUGAUUGGUCCAGCCAAGAUGGGUACCAAGGUGGUAUUAUGGUCUGAGACCCGAACGCCGAGGCAGACAUGGCGAAUUGAUUCUUUUGGGAGGAUCUGCAGCCAGAUGUUUGAGAACAUGGUUGUAGAUGUGAAAGGAGGACAAACCUAUGACCAGCAUCAUGCCAUCUUAUGGGAUUCGUUUGACGAAAGACCCACACAGAUAUGGGAUAUUCAGGUGCUCUGAAGAAGGCAGAGACAGGAGGGCAUGUGUCACACACAGAACUUA